CAAAGAAGGAAGACAGAUUUUUUCUGAUAUAGAAUUCCAAGGUCUGUUAACCAGUGGUUCAUACAAAUGUUUUUGGAAUCGUGUUUUUCUUACUGGUCCAUUUGGGGUGGGGAAGACAUGUUUAGCAAAGAUUUUGGUGGGAGAUGAGGCUCCUGAGCAGCGGGAGUCAACAGAUGGUAUAUGGAUUUAUCUCGGCAGAGCUGGAAUGAAUAUAAAGGAACGUUGUUGGAUUUUCUUACAGAAAGGGACUAUCUUGAAUGCAACCGUGCAAAGUUUGCUACGGAGUAAAGAAAUUUCAGGUGUUACAAAAUCUAACGAGGAGAUGGCAGAUCCUCUUGAUGCUAAACAUAGGGAGAAAAUCCAAAACAAAGGUUCUGUAUCAUCCAGUUCAGGUCAUGUUACAUCAAGUCCAAGUGCUGCAAAACGUGAAGAGGAAAUGACAGACCGAAGUGGUGUUAAGUCUAAUGUCAGUACUCCAGUUGUACACACAAUAAAGUCAAAGUUUAAAGCAUUCUUCAGUCUCCCAAUUCGAAAACAGAAAGUAUUUAAAGGUCAAAAUGAUGCAAAUCUUAAAUCACAAGACGAUAAAAGUGCUAUGAUACAUGAAGCUACUAGAGAUGAUAGUGCUGGGAGGGAGGGAGACUCGGAAGAUAAAUUGACUGCCAAGGACAUGUCAGAGGAUGAAAUUAUAAAGCUAGUCCGAUCUGAAUGUAAUAAAGGCAAUUACGAAAUGGUAAUUGUCCCCAUUGAUUUGUGGGACUUUGGCGGUCAAAAAAUAUAUCACAUGACACACCAACUAUUUAUUACUAGCAGAGGUACUUUUCUAUUGAUUUUUAAUGGCAGCAAAGGUAUUAAUGAAGAAAUACCAGACUAUAUAGACCUUCCUGGCUGCCAUAAUCAAAGGAAUACAGCAGUCUAUCUCGUCCAUUGGGUUAAUUCAGUCCUUACAUAUUGUAAGACUUUGACUGAAAAUGGAGGAUACCCAAAAAUCAAAUUUGUUGCCACACACAAAGAUCAAGUAAAAGGUGAUGUUGAGGAACAGAGACGAUUCUUAGAAGACUCAAUCGAAGAACUCUUCAAAAAUCAUGGAGGGAAACAACAUCUUCAAUAUCAACCACUUAUUUUUGUGGAUGCAAGAAACAAGGAGGACGAAGAAUUAGACACAUUGAAGAAGCAGUUGGUGGAAGUUGCAUUAGACCAUCCUUGUUGUGGUGAAUUGAUGCCAACCAAGUUUGUACCCCUUGAACUUCAAUUAGCCAAAAAAGUAGAGGAAAAAAAGAAAAUACUAUCCAUUGGUGAACUGAAUGACCUUAACCAGCAAAAUGAAAAACAUGCAUUAACCCCUGAUCAGCUAAAAAAGUUCCUGAAGGUUAACCAUGCCCUGGGAAAACUGAUCUACUUUGAUGAAGCUUGCUUGAGAGAUAAUGUUAUUAUUGAUCCAGUGUUUUUGGUAGACGUGCUACGUUCCAUCGUUACUGAUGAACAGUUUUGGCCAGAACAUCUCAUUGAAAUAUUAGGAGACCUCAAAGACAGUGGAAAAUUGUUGAAAAAGGAUUUAUAUGAAAUAUGGAAACAAGACUGUUUCAAGGAGAUCUCAGAGCAUAAAGACUAUAUGGUAGAAAUGUUAGUUCAUUUGGACAUAAUUUGUAGACAAAAAGACGAUGAAUAUGAAUCAGAAUAUUUCUUAGUUCCAUGCAUGAUUAGUACCAAAAGAGAAGACAGCCCCCAAUUAGAGUUUGACAGAAGCAUUCAUCUGGCUUAUAGGUUUAAGGAGGAAGUUGUACCACCUGCUAUCCUUUACCGAUUCAUUGCGAAUUUCAUAUCAAUGUGGAAGCUUCGAGUCAGUGCUAAAUCCAGUCGCCUGAUGAUCUUUACAGACAGUGCUGAUGUUACAAUUGAUAAUGAGCAUGACAUGAGAAUUGACAUUCAGGGAAAUAGAUUUAUAGUUUCUCUUUCUCACAAAGAAAGCCAAAUUUCCAUUGUACCUACAAUUGCAUCAACAGCCCAGGAAUGCCUCACGCAUGCAAUUACAAAUAUUUCCAAUUUCUAUUGCUCAGUUUCAGAUGAUUCUGAUUGUACUAGAGAUUUGCCUUUUACUAUUCAAAUUGGUAUAGUUUGCGGGUCAGAUCUUUGCUUUUUUGACCACAUGUUGAGAUCUAAGAAGGAAUGGACAUGCCCCGAUCACAAUAGAAUACACAAGACUUAUAUUGUGUCCAGAUGGUUUGCAGACAAGUUACAUACGGAGGAUGACAGAUGCCCAGAAGAUUGUCCUGGUCUAGAUAUGGCAUGGUUAGAUAGCAAUCCAGAUGAUAGACACUUGGGACGCUUAGCAGCUGAAAUGACAAUGGACGAAAUACGAAAAAUAUAUAUGCACCUAAAGGAAAAGAAACCUGCUCAGUCUUGGGAAAUAAUUAAUGAGUCAAUCAACAAAGGAUCUUUUGAUAUCAAAAUCAACGCUCUAUAUGACUGGAAGAAGAGUUCAUUGUAUGCCUCAUUCAAGCAGCUUCAGCAUAGCAUGAAAGUUGAAGAUAUUGACAUUCACAAAUUAUGUCAGAUUUCAAGAGAAGUUCAAAAAGAGUUUGACCAACCAAAGGAGAAAUUGCUUAUUAGACCAUCAAGUUCCAUUACAAAACUACUGCCUGAUCAUAUUGGAAUUCAAACAUUCCAGCUUGGAAUAGAACUUGGGCUAUCAGUUGUUGAGAUGCAACAGAUUGCAAUGAACCAUGUAACAAAUCUUCGUGGCCAAACAGAGGAGGUCCUUAACACAUGGAGGUCUAGGAGACUGCCAGAAGCUACAUAUGAAGUUUUAGUCAAAGCUCUUUGUCGCCUUGAAAUAUCUAGUGUAUUAUCAUACAUAACAUAUGAAGAAGAAUUAGAAGAAAUAGUUGAAGUAGGAUUAAAGGAACAAGUAGAAGUAGGAUUAGAGGAACAAGUUAGAGAGAGAAUCAUACAGGAUAUAGAAAUCAGUCAGAUUUUAGAUUAUAUGAUGACCCAUUUGGUAAUAUCAUCAGAUGACAGACGCAGCAUUGAACAUCACGUUAGACAAGAUGAUCAGAAUAAAGCAUUGCUUGAAGUAAUGAAUAAAAGGAGACAGUCUACUUAUACUGUGUUUGUUGAUGCACUACGGGCAAGUGGAUACACAAAUUUAGCAAAUGAAUUGAAAUGGGAUUCACAGGAAGAAAGCUCAAGUGAAGCAUUAGAACAACCUCAAAAUAAAGGAUUGUCAGAGAGGACUGUCCCAGUGUAUAGAGUUCGUCUACAGAAGAAUUAUUCAAAUAUCAUUAGCUGUAUAGAUCAUGAAAACAUAGUAGAUCAGUUAAUAUCAUGUGAUAUUUUGACAAUAGCUGAUAGACAAAUGAUAAAUGCUUGUCCAGCACAAAUACAAAAAAACAGAAAACUAAUGGAUAUGCUGUUGCAUGGAAGUGAAAAGGGAUUUAUGGAAUUUCUCAAAACUCUACGAGACGACUAUGUCUAUACAGAACUGGCAGAUGAAAUAGAAAACACACCAGUUGUGAGCAGAGAUUUAUCAACCUUGCAGGGUUGCUAUAAAUAAACUGGAAGAAAAGACAACAGAUAAUACCUGAGAUGGAAUUCAAGAAAUCUUGCUAACAUCAACAGUAUGAUCUCAUUUUCGAUGUCAACAGGUUUUCCUCAACAUCUGAUUGUUAAGACACAAAAAAACAGAGAAGACAAUGAUUGGCAGAAGAUUUAAAAGAACAACCAAUUCAAUAUCACUUGAGUUAAUGUUCAUCCAUAUAUAAACAUAUCAGUAUCUUAUGUUUUUCUUAUAUUGUGUGUUUUUGCUUUUUAACUGAUAAAGAUAUGUACAUAUCU